GAGAGAGAGAGAGAGAGGGAGAGAGCAAACAGCAGCACAGCAGCCAGGCUGCUGGUUUACGACCGCUGUGUGUUGUGAGAGCUUUAAACAUUACUAGUACAGUAAACUAGUAAUUAAUUGGAUAUUCUGAGCUUUAACUGCAUGUUUUACCUAUUUAUUGUAUCUUUAAACAGUUAACUAUCUACAUGGCGGCCACAGGACACCAGCACUCCUCCGAGGCACGCAACCCCCGUCAAAGCCAGGGCACCUCGCCUUCCUCGUCUGUAGCAGAGUUGAUUAAGAUGCGGUCACUUUCAGCUAAUUUUCGGAUGAAGCCUCGUCUGUAUGCUAACAGCUUGAAAUGCUCAUACGAUAACAACAGGUGUUGGAUCAUUUAGGAACUGAUCCAUAUGAAUAUCGAGGAGUGUCGAGCUCAGUGACUCGUUACGGCUCCACAGACAGCAGCGGCGAGCAUGACCAUCAGAGUAGCAAUCAUGGCAGCAACCAUAGCAACCACCGAUAUCCCACGGCGAUGGCAGGUCAUUGGGUUGGGGUUGAGCAGCAAGAGGAGGCGAUUCGCAGGAAGUUGAAAUACUUCUUCAUGAGCCCUUGUGAUAAAUAUCACGCCAAGGGCCGCAAGCCUUAUAAGCUUAUCCUGCAGCUGCUCAAGAUCAUUAUUGUCACAGCUCAGUUAGUCAUGUUUGGCCUCAGUAACCAGGUGGUGGUCACCUUCAAGGAGGAGAACACUAUGACCUUCAAGCACCUCUUCCUCAAAGACUACGAUGAGUCCUCAGACGACUCAUUUGCUGUUUACACACAGAACGACGUGUACGACCACAUCUUCUUCGCCGUGGAACAGUAUCUGGCCUUACCAGAGACCACAGUGGGACGCUACGCAUACGUCUAUGGUGUUGGUGUGAAUGGCAGUGCGCUCUCCCUCUGUCAACAGUACUACAAGAAGGGACGCAUCGACCCAGCCAAUGACACCUUCAGUAUAGACCCUCGUGUCAUCACAGACUGUAUAGGUGUGACUCCGCUGUCCGUCCCUCCAGCUCCACUCACCAACAGCUACAAGAACUUCACCCUCAAGUUCCACAAGUUCAUUAACGUCACUAUAGAGUUCCAGUUAAAGGCGAUCAAUAUACAGACCAUAAUCAACAAUGAGAUCCCAGACUGCUACACUUUUCACAUAACGAUAGUCCUGGACAACAAGGCCCACAGCGGCAAAGUGAAGAUCCGGUUAGAAAACCAGGCAACCAUAAAGGAGUGUAAAGACCCGAGUGUCUCUGGACAUGCUGAAAACUACACACGUGUAGCGUUUGAUGUGGCUGUGGCUCUGGUGUGCGUGCUGUCACUGCUGCUGUGUGGACGAUCCAUACUGCGAGGCAUCAUUCUGCAACAGGAGUUUGUGCAGUUCUUCAGGGAGACUCUGGACCGUAAAGUGUGCUGGGCAGACCGGCUGGAGUUCAUUAAUGGCUGGUAUAUGCUCCUUAUUGUCAGCGACGUCCUCACCAUAACCGGCAGUAUCAUCAAAAUCGGCAUCGAGUCGAAGAAUAUGUCCUCGUAUGACACAUGUGGCAUCCUGUUGGGAACCUCCACACUCUUGGUGUGGGUCGGAGUAAUUCGCUACCUCACGUUCUUCCAGAAGUACAAUAUCCUGAUUGUGACACUUCGUGCAGCGUUCCCUAAUGUGAUUCGGUUCUGCUGCUGCGUGGCCGUCAUCUAUCUGGGCUACUGCUUCUGUGGCUGGAUUGUCCUGGGACCAUACCACGUCAAGUUCCGCUCUCUGUCCAUGGUGUCAGAGUGCCUGUUCUCCCUCAUUAACGGUGACGACAUGUUCGUGACGUUCUCGGAGAUGCAGGAAAGCAGCACUCUGGUGUGGCUCUUCAGCCAAGUUUACCUGUACACCUUCAUCUCCCUCUUCAUCUACAUGGUGCUGUCGCUGUUUAUCGCUCUCAUCACAGGAGCUUACGAGACCAUCAAGCACCAAACCCAAGAACCCUUCCAUAUCACAGACCUGCACGCCUUCAUAGCCGAGUGUACGGACGCACCUAACUCAGGGAAGUUCAGGGGUCUGGAGACCUCGCCGUGCUCCUUCUUCUGCUGCUGUGACAGAACGACGACAUAUGAGGAUGUCCUGCUGGUGAACUGAAGCUAACCUCAGUGACCUCACUAUCCUCCCCUGCUGACCACAGGGAUACUGCUGCACACUCCUCACUCCCAGUGUCUUUGUACCAACGUACUGUAUCUGGGUCAAACCUCAGCACUCGUGUGAAGGAGGAGGCACCGUCUGCUGGACCAGCACUCUGUAGAAGGAAUGUGUAACAACAAUCUUCUUAUCGGACCUCUUAUUUUUCCUGUCUACGACUCCAUGAAGAAGAAAACUGCAGGCUGAUGCAGGACUGGACCCUUCCUCUGUAUGAACAGGACUCUGCAGCAUCAUGGAUGACUAAUGCACAGACCUUUUUAUGUUGGUUUCUCUUUUGUAUUUAAGCCAGGAACAGGACCCUAUUGUCAGUAUACUACGUGGGUACAGGUGCCAUGAUAAGGACUGGUGCUGACUGUUUUUAUUUUUGUGUUUUUCCUUUUAUAGUAUUUCAGAAUUGGUUACUCUGGAUGAGUUUGCUCUUAAAUUGAGGCAUUUAAACAAAACAUAUCCAACAACCCAACUACUCAUUAUUUUAAAAUAGCAUAACGUCCCAUACACUAAAUAAUAUCAUUUCCCAAUGGGGCAUGUAAAUUCAUAGAGAAUGAGGGAAAUGCAUCUUAUAUUAGUCUGUCCUUUUUUUAGACAAUCAGGGGAAGGCUUCCAGAAAAAAUAUCAGAAAACAGGACCACAAAUUGAUUUGUUUUCUCUCCAGGAGCUGCACCUCCAGUAUAAAGUUUCAAACAGCAUCUUUGGCUGCGGUUCCACUGCACAAGAAUCACAUUGCCUCCAGAUGUGGAUACUAUAAUUGUGUUUUUAUUGCUACACUCGCUGUUGUAGACUGUGUGCUCUGUUGCAUCGAUCUGAGAUGAUGAUGAAUAUAAUGUCAGUAAUGAAGCAAUCAACAUUGCUUGUGGUUAGCUACAAGAAGGAAAGCUGUUCUGCAGGCCCAUAUGCAUGUUGUGUUAAUGAUGCCAAAGUAUGUCAAGAAACAAAGAGUUCAUUCAUUGUUUAGAGGUUAAAGCUGUUAUUCCCUUUCUUUAUCUCUAUAGAUCACUGAUGGCAGUCUACAAACUGUAUCUGACUUGUUUUAAAGGGGAACUUGGCAACUUUUUCAGCUUAAUAAACCCGUUUAGAAAUCAUUUGGAGGGUUAAAUGGCCUGUUCCGGGGAAAAUGGUGACCCCC